GAAGGAAUAAGGAGAUAUGGCGCAGAGCUAGUGCGCAGCCGCAGGCCUGUUCUCCAUCCUGAGUGUGUGUGUGUGUGUGUGUGUGUGUGUGUGUGUGUGUGUGUGUGUGUGUGUCUGCGCGUGAGAGAAAGUGCCCUCCACAUCAAGAAUGUGGUGAACAUGAACGCAGCAUUGUGUGAGAUGUUGGAGUGCAGGUGAGUGAGUGAGUGUGUGUGUGUGUGUGUGUGUGUGUGUGUGUGUGUGUGUGUGUGUGAUACGAGGCUGAAGGCGCGCGGAGGAGCAGUGAUAAUCUCUUGUUUGGUGUCUCGUGCUCGCUGCUCCCCUUUUGGCUCAGAGACGGCUGACAUUAUUGGACAUCGUCACCCCCUGUCCAAAAGUGUCCUCGCCGCUGAUUGGCCCGCUGCGCUUUGGUGUGUGUGUGUGUGUGUGUGUGUGUGUGUGUGUGUGUGUGUGUGUGUGUGUGAGGACUGUGUGAAGAUCCCACUGUCAUACAGCGGUGAAAAGCUCCGGGUGUGUGAGAGCAGCGCGCAAACAGCGACCGGAUCCAGAGUCUGCUCGUCAGUCCCGGACCAUGACGCGCCGGAGCGCCUUUACGCAGCCAGGAUGCGCGACUAGUUCCACCAUCCAGAACCGAUCCGGAGAGACUAGUUCCACCAUCCAGAACCGAUCCGGAGAGACUAGUUCCACCAUCCAGAACCGAUCCGGAGAGAGAGUGACUAUGUGUUAGUGCUUCCUGGUGUCUGGUUGUGGAUACAAACAGUCCGCAGAGUGGAAGUGGAUCGAGAGUCCUUGAGAGCCAGCAGCGAUGGAGGAGCAGCGGGAUCUGAACAGUACGGAUAGCAGCGAGGGAGAGAGUGUCUCCCCGUCUCCCAGCCUGCCCUCGCCGCCCAUCCUGCCCCUGCAGGUGGCCCAGCAGGCCCACAGAACCACCAACUUUUUCAUCGACAACAUCCUGCGGCCGGACUUCGGCUGUAAGAAGGAGCUGGGCCCGCGGGAGAGGGCGCACAGCUCCGGCCGGGAGCGGGUCCACCACCCGGCGGUCAGCAGGCCGAGCCUCCCCGGGACACCGAGCCAGGACUCCAACUGCAGCACCGACAGCAGCUCGUCCUCCGCCUCCUCCACCUCGUUGGCGAGUCCCAAAAAGAGCAGCGGCGGCGGGGGGGGCGGAGGACCCGCAGCGGCCGCCGGCUCCACCGGGGGCAGCGGCGUGAAAGCCGAGGAGAGGACGGGCGGCGGGGCCGGGGAGAACACCUCCUCCUCGCUGGUGGUGCUGAACGGAACCGGGGCGGCCACACCGGAGAGCCAGCCGCUGCUGUGGCCGGCCUGGGUCUACUGCACCCGGUACUCGGACAGGCCCUCAUCUGGCCCAAGGACACGGAAACUGAAAAAGUCCAAGAGCGGGAAGGAGGACAAACGGCCGCGGACCGCGUUCACCGCCGAGCAGCUGCAGAGACUGAAGACGGAGUUCCAGGUGAACCGGUACAUCACGGAGCAGCGGCGGCAGUCUCUGGCCCAGGAGCUGAACCUCAACGAGUCCCAGAUCAAGAUCUGGUUCCAGAACAAACGCGCCAAGAUCAAAAAGGCGAGCGGCUUCAAGAACGGGUUGGCGCUGCAGCUGAUGGCGCAGGGACUGUACAACCACUCCACCACCACCAUCCAGGAGGACAAGGAGGACAGCGACUGAGCCGGGGCCCGCAGGACCCGGACCCGGACCCGGACCCGCAGGACCCGGUACCGGGACCCGGAGCCGGACUGCGCCCCGCUCUCUGUACAUUGUAAAUAUAUUAUAUCUAAUUUAAUGACGAGGACGGGGGAGGUUGGAGG